AUGGCUCCGCCAGCCGAAAUCUCCAUCCCCUCGACGAUCCUCUCGACCGGCGAGUCCAAGCCCUACACCCUCUACAACAUCACCCUCCGCCUGCCCCUCCGCUCCUUCGUCGUCCAGAAGCGCUACUCCGACUUCGCCGCCCUCCACCAGUCCCUGACCUCCCUCGUCGGCGACCCGCCCCCGAAGCCCCUCCCCGGCAAGUCCUGGUUCAAGUCCACCGUCUCCUCCCCGGACCUCACCGAGCAGCGCCGCCAGGGCCUCGAGGCCUACCUCCGCGCCAUCGCCGAGUCCCCCGACCGCCGCUGGCGCGACACCACCGCCUGGCGCGCCUUCCUCAACCUGCCCUCCACCGGCGGCGGCGGCAGCACCGGCAACUCGGCCGCCAGCGCCCACGGGCUCGUCACGAGCGGAAGGGCGGGCGCCGCCGACCCCACGACCUGGCUCGACCUGCACCGCGAGAUGAAGGCGAACCUGCACGACGCGCGGCUCGCGCUCUCGCGGCGGGACGCGGCCGCCGAGAACAACAACAGCACCGCGGCCGCCGAGGCCGGGGCCGCCGCCAAGAGGGCGCUGGUCAAGGCCGGCACGCUGAUCGGGAACCUGACGGCGGGCCUGCGCACGAUGCAGGAGGGCGGCGCGCUGGGCGACGGCGAGCUGAGGCGCAGGCGGGACCUGCUCGGCUCGGCGCGGGUCGAUAGGGAGGGGCUCGAGAGGCUGAGCAACAGCAUGGCGCAGAACGGACGGGCGGCGCGGGAGGGGUUCGCGUCGUCGGGGGACAAGGCGGCGCUGCUGGGGGGUGGUGCGGGCAGUAGUAGCAGUGGAGGGGCGAGGACGGGCGGACGGGUGUUGGGGGCGCCGCUGCCGGAGACGCAGCGGACGCGGGAGCUGGACAACGACGGGGUGGUGCUGCUGCAGCGGCAGAUGAUGAGCGAGCAGGACGAGCAGGUGAACACGCUGGCGGCGAUCGUGCGGCGGCAGAAGGAGAUGGGCUUGCAGAUCAACGACGAGGUCGAGUCGCAGACCAAGAUGCUGGAGCGGGUGAACGAGGACGCGGACCGCGUCGGCGGGAAGAUCAAGGUGGCGAACCGGCGCAUCGGCAAGUUCUGA